UUUAAAGUAGUCGAGAAUUUACCAUCUGGAGUCAGACACUGCGAGGUUAAACCCAGGCCUGUCUACUCACUAACGACAGGCAAACCACUUAACAGCUCCACGUCUAUUUUGGCAACUGCAAAACAAGAAAAAUAAUCCCUGAGGACUGACUGCUGGGCGGAAUUAAAUGAGAUGAUGCUCAUCAACUAUUUUUGAGCCCUGAGUCCUCCUGGCGUCUGGGCAGACGGACCUCAGGAAAUGUUUAUUUACUAGCAAUGGGAAGAAACCAGCAGAGAAGUCGAAAAUAUGCGGAGAAAUGGAAAACGAUGGGUUCAUCGAGGGUCCUGAGACUCGAGGAGAAUAUAUCGCAUCUAGUCCAGAACAACAGAGGAAACUGACCUCCGGCAGGGAGGCCAAUCUCCCACUUGCUCUGUCAAAGAGGACCGAAGGUAACUUGCUGAAUGGGAAGCUGUGGAGUGGGAAGUGUGGGGUGUGGACACGGUUUUAAGUGGCUGCUCUGAAGGAGGAGAAUGGGAGAAGUGGCCGCAGAGAAAAACACACGAGAGAGAGCUUGCGGAGAUCCCCUGAGUCCAGUGGAGACGGAAAAGCAUGACUGUCUCAGGCAAAGCCGGGCAAUUUUCUCCAACACUACUCUGGAGCCGACGUAAAAGCCCAGGAGGCUGACAACACAUUUGCGAGCAGACGCAAACAAGAAGGCGAGAGCUUAAGCGAACGACCUGUCUGCUUCACUGGACGCGAUGGGCAGUGCGAGAGCCGGGGAGACCGAGGAGCAGCCCCGGGCCACCUCGAGGAGCGCACGACCGAGACGACGGCCAGUCCGGCCUCCCCGCGGGCCUGGGAACCCCCACCCCGCGCCCCGGCCCCGCCGCUGGGACACAGGCCGUCCCCGGGGCUUACCAGCAGGCCCUCCACGUUGAUGGGGUCUCGGCAGCGGCGGCGCACCGUCUCCUCCGCCGGGUCCACGAGCAGGCUGGGCAGCUUCCGCGCCGGCCGCUGCUGACUCAUGCUGCCCAGCCGGCCGCCCCUCGCCUCGCACCCCGCGAGCUCUCCCGCCUUCUCCCGCUCGGGUCGGGCGCCGCCUCCGACCCGCCGGCUCCCGGGGGCCAAGCACGAACUGGACUCCUGGCCUGCCCGGAGGUGCCGCCUGGCUAGGCCGGCCCGCUGACGGGCGCGCCGCUGCCCCACGACCCCGGGAGCUGGAACGCGGGCGGGAGGAGAGCAGGAUGACCCACGGCUCUCAGGACGCCAGGCCCGCCAUCUUCCCGCAUGCGCACUGCGCCGCCCCCAGUGCGCAUGCCCGGCGCGGCCGGAGCGCUCUCAAACACAGACCCGCUCCCGAAGGCCGGAGCCCGGGAAAUCCCGGAGAGCGGACACCACGGAAAGGAUGGCGAAGGAAAAGGAAGACGUGGAGCAGGAAUUGCAGACGAAGGGAGCGGGACGAGAGGAAGGAGGCAGCCGGGACAACGCAGUGGUCGCCUCGGAAUUCUCGACACUAAAGAAGACUGCUUCGCCUCUCUUGGAGAUGGGAAACUCUUACGCUGGACAGCUGAAGACCACGCGGUUUGAGGAGGUCCUGCACAACUCCAUCGAGGCCUCACUGCGUUCCAACAGCCUGGUACCCAGGCCCGUCUUCUCCCAGUUGUACUUGGAAGCAGAGCAGCAGCUUUCCGCUCUAGAAGGUGGAAGCCGAGUGGACAAUGAAGAAGAAGAGGAGGGGGAAGGGGGGCUGGAACAGAGCUGCCCCCCAAACCCCUACCAGAUGCACCCCCCGCCCGAAGGAUGUUGCACCAUGGACGGGUUCUGCCAGGCAGGGAAGGACCUGCGUCUCGUCUCCAUCUCCAGCGAGCCCAUCGAUGUCCCCGCGGGCUUCCUCCUGGUGGGCGCCAAGUCCCCCAGCCUGCCGGACCAUCUCCUGGUGUGUGCCGUUGACAAGAGGUUCUUGCCGGAUGACGAUGGACACAACGCCCUUCUUGGUUUCUCUGGGAAUUGCGUUGGCUGUGGGAAGAAAGGCUUCUGUUACUUCACAGAGUUCUCCAGUCACAUGAACCUGAAGGUGACCACCCAGCCCAAGAAGCAGAAACACUUGAAAUAUUACCUGAUCCGCAACGCACAGGGGACUCUGACCAAAGGGCCUCUCAUUUGCUGGAAAGGCUCAGAGUUCAGAAGCCGGCAGGCCUCCGCCAGUGCAUGUUCCAGCUCUCUGUUCCCACCGCUGGAGAGCUCUGGGCCGCCAGCUCCCUUCCCCAGCGAGCCUGGUCCGGGGACGACCCCGAGCAUCCCGCUGGGAGCAUCGCAGGCAGGACCAGCCUCCGAUCACGCCUCACUAACCGCAGCCGUGGGUCCGGCUGUUUUCAACGGCAAAGAUUCCCCGAAGCACCAGCCGCUGGUGAAGCACAGCCUGUCCGCCGUGCCGCGUCCCUCGGCCUUAGGUAUCUUAUCAAACUCCGGGCCGCCCAAAAAACGCCACAAAGGAUGGUCUCCAGAAUCUCCAUCAGCUGUGGAUGGUGGUUACCCCCAGGGUGGUGGGAACAGAGCUAAGUAUGAGAGCACAGGCGUGACCUGCAUGCCCCAGGUUGGCUUGGUGGGACCGGCUUCAGUCACCUUUCCCGUUGUGGCCUCCGGAGAACCAGUGUCCGUUCCCGACAACUUGCUGAAAAUAUGCAAGGCCAAGCCAGUGAUCUUUAAAGGCCACGGGCACUUCCCUUACCUCUGUGGGAACCUGAAUGAUGUCGUCGUGAGCCCUCUCCUGUACACGUGCUACCAGAACUCCCAGUCUAUCUCCAGAGCAUAUGGACAGUAUGGGGCCUCCACGAUACAGCCCAUCUCAGAGGAGAUGCAGCUCCUGCUGACCGUCUACUAUCUCGUCCAGCUGGCGGCGGACCAGGUGCCCCUGAUGGAGGACCUGGAGCAGAUCUUCCUGCGCUCCUGGCGGGAGUCACACCUGACGGAGAUCCGGCAGUACCAGCAGGUGCCACCGCAGCCCGUCCCGCCGGCGCCUGGGGCCGUGGCGCCCGUCACCUCGGCGCAGCUGCCCUGGCUGGCCGGCCUGGCCGCCAGCUCCUGCAACGACAGCGUGCACAUCAUCGAGUGCACCUACUCCCUGGCCGAGGGCCUCUCUGAGAUGUUCCGCCUGCUCAUCGAGGGCAAGCUGGCCAAGACCAACUACGUGGUGAUCAUCUGCGCCUGCCGGAGCGCCGCCAUCGACUCCUGCAUCGCUGUCACCGGAAAAUACCAAGCCCGGAUUCUUUCUGAGAGCCUUCUCACCCCAGCCGAGUACCAGAAAGAAGUCAAUUAUGAGCUGGUUACGGGGAAAGUGGACUCUCUGGGAGCCUUUUUUAGCACCCUCUGUCCAGAGGGCGACAUUGAUGUUUUGCUGGACAAAUUUCAUCAGGAAAAUCAAGGCCAGAUUUCUUCCUCACUUACUGCCUCCUCUGUCACCAAAUCAGCAUCCCUAGACGUCGGCGGGACACCAGUAUGCACAAGUUACCAUCUGGAGCCUCACCGCAUCUGGCCCUUCCAGCUGGCCGUGGCCCAGAAGCUCCUCUCCCACGUGUGUUCAAUCGCAGAUUCCAGCACCCAAAACCUGGACUUAGGAUCCUUUGAGAAGGUGGACUUUCUGAUUUGUAUUCCACCCUCAGAAGUGACCUAUCAGCAGACCCUGUUCCACGUCUGGCAUUCAGGGGUUUUGCUGGAGCUUGGCUUGGAAAAGGAGCACAUGACCAAGCAGAGGGUCGAGCAGUAUGUUUUGAAGCUAGAUGCCGAGGCGCAGACAAAAUUCAAGGCCUUUCUGCAAAACUCCUUUCAGAAUCCACACACGCUCUUCGUCCUCAUCCACGACCACGCCCACUGGGAUCUCGUGAGCAGCGCUGUUCACGACCUCUACUCCCAGAGUGACCCGUCCGUGGGGCUGGUGGACAGAUUGCUCAACUGCAAGGAGGUGAAGGAGGCCCCCAACAUCGUGACGCUCCACGUGACCUCCUUCCCGUACGCACUGCAGACGCAGCACACCCUCAUCAGCCCUUACAACGAGAUACACUGGCCGGCCUCCUACAGUAAUGGAGUGGACUUGUAUCCUGAGAAUAAGAAGUACUUCGGGCUGUCCGAGUUCAUUGAGUCCACCCUCUCAGGACACAGCCUCCCCUUGCUGAGAUACGACAGCUCCUUUGAGGCCAUGGUCACCGCAUUGGGAAAAAGGUUCCCCCGCCUGCACAGCGCGGUGAUCAGGACCUUUGUUCUCGUGCAGCACUACACGGCCGCGAUGAUGGCCGUGAGCGGCCUCUCUCAGAUGAAGAACUACACAUCGGUGGAGACGCUGGAGAUCACGCAGAACCUCAUCAACUCCCCGAAGCAGUGCCCCUGCGGCCACGGGCUCAUGGUUCUGCUGCGGGUGCCCUGCUCCCCGCUGGCGGCCGUGGCCUACGAACGGCUGGCCCACGUGCGGGCGCAGCUGGCCCUGGAGGAGCACUUUGAGAUCAUCCUGGGCAACCCCAGCUCUGGCAUCACCAUCGGGAAGCACUUCUUGAAGCAGCUCAAGAUGUGGCAGAAAAUUGAGGAUGCGGAGUGGAGGCCUCAGACAUACUUGGAGUUGGAGGGCCUGCCUUGCAUCCUGAUCUUCAGUGGGAUGGACCCACAUGGGGAGUCCUUACCGAGGUCUCUGCGGUACUGUGACCUGCGGCUCAUAAACUCCUCCUGCCUGGUGAGGACGGCAUUGGAGCAGGAGCUGGGCCUGGCCGCUUACUUUGUGAGCAGCGAGGCUCCCCUGGAGAAGGGGGCCCGGAGUGAGGCCUUGGAGAGCGACGCUGAAAAGCUGAGCAGCACAGACAACGAGGAUGAGGAGCUGGUGACGGAAGGCUCCACAUCAGAGAAGAGGAGCCCCGUGAAGAGAGAACGCUCCCGCUCCCAUGACUCCGCGUCUUCAUCCCUCUCCUCUAAGGCAUCCAGCUCAGCGCAGUGCGGCGAGUCCCCGGCUCAGGCUCAGCCGGUGGGGCCCUCGCGGGGGGACCGGGCCCAAUCGCCUCAGCCCUGCGGCCCCGCGGAGGAGGGCAGGGCCCCGGGAGAGAGACAGUGGCUCCGGGCCGGGCGGGGGCCGCCGGCAGUCAUCAGCAGGCGCAGCCCCGGGCCGGCCCCCCAGCUGGACCCCGGCCUCAAGACUGGGCAGUGGAGCAUCCAGGUGUCAGCGCCCUCAUCGUCCUCCUCGGGCUCGCCCUCCUCGUCCGCGAUGCCCGCCGCCGGCCCGCUCGUCCUGCAGGCCGCCCAGUGCUCCGCGAGCAAGGCCUGCCGGCGGCCGCCUGUGGUCUUCCUGCCCAAGCUGGUGUACGACAUGGUCACGUCCACCGACGGCAGCGGCCUGCCCAAGGCCGCCUCGCUCCUGCCCUCGCACUCAGUCAUGUGGGCCAGCUCGUUCCGGCCCCUGCUCAGCAAGACCAUGACGUCCACAGAGCAGUCACUGUACUACCGGCAGUGGACGGUGCCCCGGCCCAGCCACAUGGACUACGGCAGCCGCGCCGAGGGCCGCGUGGACGGCUUCCACCCGCGCCGGCUGCUGCUCAGCGGGCCCCCCCAGAUCGGGAAGACAGGCGCCUACCUGCAAUUCCUCAGCAUUUUGUCCAGAAUGCUCAUUCGGCUGACGGAAGUGGAUGUUUACGACGAAGAAGAGAUCAAUAUCAACCUCAGAGAAGAAUCAGAUUGGCAUUACCUCCAGCUCAGUGACCCCUGGCCGGACCUGGAGCUGUUCAAGAAGUUGCCUUUUGACUACAUUAUUCACGACCCGAAGUAUGAGGAUGCCAGUCUGAUCUGUUCACACCAUCAGAGCAUAAAGAACGAAGACAGAGGGACACACCGGAAGCCGGAGGACCUCUACGUGCGGCGCCAGACGGCGCGGAUGAGGCUCUCCAAGUACGCGGCAUACAACACGUACCACCACUGCGAGCAGUGCCACCAGUAUAUGGGCUUCCACCCCCGCUACCAGCUCUAUGAGUCCACCCUGCACGCCUUUGCCUUCUCUUACUCCAUGCUAGGAGAGGAGAUCCAGCUCCACUUCAUCAUCCCCAAGUCCAAGGAGCACCACUUUGUCUUCAGCCAACCCGGAGGCCAGCUGGAGAGCAUGCGGCUGCCCCUCGUCACGGACAAGAGUCACGAAUACAUAAAAAGUCCGACGUUCACUCCCACAACUGGCCGUCACGAACACGGGCUCUUUAACCUGUACCACGCGAUGGACGGUGCCAGCCAUUUGCAUGUGCUAGUUGUCAAGGAGUACGAAAUGGCCAUUUAUAAGAAAUACUGGCCCAACCACAUCAUGCUGGUGCUUCCGAGUAUCUUCAACAGCGCUGGAGUUGGCGCCGCCCAUUUCCUGAUCAAGGAGCUGUCUUACCACAACCUGGAGCUGGAACGGAACCGGCAGGAGGAGCUGGGGAUCAAGCCGCAGGACAUCUGGCCUUUCAUCGUGAUUUCUGAUGACUCCUGCGUGAUGUGGAACGUGGUGGACGUCAACGGUGCUGGGGAGAGAAGCAGGGAAUUUUCCUGGUCGGAAAGAAAUGUUUCCCUGAAGCACAUCAUGCAGCACAUUGAGGCUUCCCCCAACAUCACUCACUACGCCCUGAUCGGCAUGCGCAAGUGGUCCAGCAAGACCGGGAGCUGCGAGGUGCGCGAGCCCUUCUCCCGCUGCCACGUGCACGACUUCGUCAUCCUGAACGUGGACUUGACCCAGAACGUGCAGUACAACCAGAAUCGGUUCAUGUGUGAUGAUGUGGACUUCAACCUGCGGGUGCACAGCGCCGGCCUCCUGCUCUGCCGGUUCAACCGCUUCAGUGUGAUGAAGAAGCAGAUUGCGGUGGGCGGGCACAGGUCCUUCCACAUCACGUCCAAGGUGUCUGACAGCCCCAUGGCCAUCGUGCCGACCCAGUACAUCUGCGCCCCCGACAGCAAGCACACGCUCCUCGCGGCCCCCGCGCAGCUCCUGCUGGAGAAGUUCCUGCAGCACCACAGCCACCGCUUCUUCCCGCUCUCCCUGAGGAAUCACGGCCACCCUGUGCUGUCCGUCGACGGCUACCUUAACCUGGGGUCUCAGAUCUCUGUGUGUUAUGUGAGCUCCAGGCCCCACUCUUUAAACAUCAGCUGCUCCGACUUCCUGUUUAGUGGACUUCUGCUGUACCUCUGUGACUCUUUUGUGGGAGCUGGCUUUUUGAAAAAGUUUCAUUUUCUGAAAGGUGCCACCUUGUGUGUGAUCUGUCAGGACCGCAACUCACUCCGCCAGACGGUUGUCCGCCUGGAGCUGGAAGAUGAGUGGCAGUUUCGGCUGCGAGAUGAAUUCCAGACCGCCAAUGCCAAGGAGGACCGACCCCUCUUCUUUCUGACCGGACGACACAUCUGAGGGAGACACAUCUGAGGGGGGGUCUUCAGAACCUCAGGCUGCUGAGGCUAAAGGAAGAAUAGGAACCACGGAGUGUCUGGACUGGGACGGGACCCAGAGGUGUCUGUUGGCCACCCGCUCAUGGUAGGUGCCAGGGAACCGAGGCCCAGAGAUGGACCGAGACUUACUGAGACCGACGGGGAUGAGUGGGCAGUGAGCAGGAACUCAAACCAAAGGCCCCUAGGUUCCGGCGCAGACCCCGUUGCCUUGGCCUGUGUCGAAGUCCAUCAUGUGAAGAACAAAGUUUUGCCUGCUGUCACAUCAUCCGUAUGCUUCCAUGGACAGACUUGACUUUUCUCUUAGCUCUGAAGGAUCCCCCUUGGCUUAUCUUGUACAGGUGCCAGCAUUUCAGAUGAUGGAUAUGAUGUUGGCUCUGUAGGUUUCUCUAUAACCUACUACAGAGCAAUAUUCCAAAAGAACCUUUUAACUGUAAAGGCUGGAGACAAGAAAAAAUGAAAUAGGUUCACUUCAUAAGAAUUAUGUAAGUUUACUCUUUUAGAAGCUAGCCCAAAGGCAUCGACUUUAAUAAAGUAAAACAAAUAGUUUCACUUCAGAGCAGAUACGAUUCUAUUAAAAUAGUAUAGGGUAAAUACCCUACCUCUUAGAAAGGGCAAAAGUGAAAAGAAACUUUUAAAAACUACAGGGGUUUCAGGAAGGAAAUUAGGGUUACAGAGAUUGACCUUGAGAAAUAGAAUUUGCCUUACAAAGGAAAGAGGACCAAAUGGCUUACUUGAAACAAACAAUGAGAACAACUAAAGCGAUGUAGAAAAUAGUUGAUAAGAACUAGACUUCUGACUCUAAUUUAUUGAAGCUCAGUUUUUAGUUCCUUGAAUCGCUUGUCUUCUCUUACGAAUGUUUGGUCCCUGACAGGAGAGGAAGGGGGACAGACAAGGCAGCAGCGAUGUUCUGUGAUGCCCACGCUCUCGCUUGUGCUGGGAUGUUUUUUAAACCAGCGUGUUAGAGGGCCCCCUAGAGGCUGGGCCUUGGGCCAGGUGCUUUCACAGUUACGAUCUUGCUUAACCCUUCCAGCAGCCCAUGUGCGUGGAAUUAUUCUUCCCAUUUCAAAGAUGAGACAGUUGAGAUGUAGAGAGCGCAUCUCACCAAGAUCACACAGCCGGAGAGAAGCAGAGGCAGACUCUGGGGUCCAUCUCCCCACCACAUUGCUUAUGGAGUGGCCCGUAACCAAAGGAAGAGUUUAAAGGUCGUCAGAAAUGAAUCAGCAGAAUGCACUCUCAUCCAUCCAUCUUAGACGUUUAAAGCACUCUAAUGGAUAGCAAUCCGAGAAGAAAUUCUUUUCAGAGAUGAUGCCAAAGAGUUAACGUCAAUCUUUUCUUCCCUAAGAAAAAAAGUCCAUGAGUAUAAAAGAUUUAGA